UUUGUGUUUAUUUAAUACUAAUUUUAUAUUUCUAUUGUAUUUUUCAAUGGAUUUGAAUCAUUCUUUGAUCGUAGUCUUCUUUGACAGUGCCUCUCCUAAUGUCAUUAACCAUAAAUUCAGUGUUUCCUCUGAAUUCACCCACAGAAAUUAAAUCCUCUGCUCCCUCCACCUCCAGAUCAUAAUUAAAUGAAGGUGGAAGGGUUACCGGAGGACCGGGAGCCUGGUUCUGUGUCUUCGGCGGACCGGACCGGCAGCGGAAGUCCCGUCGUCGCCACCGUUCGCAGCGGCGGGACGCCGUGCAGCCCGGGCUCGGCCGAAUGCUGCAUGUCGCGGCUGCUGAGCGCGGUGGAGAGCGAGCUGCAGGCCGGCCGGGAGAAGGGCGACCCGACGGAGAGGGAGCUGAGGGUGACGCUGGAGGACGCCGAGCUGUGGAGAAAGUUUCAGCACAUCACCAACGAGAUGAUCGUCACCAAGAAUGGACGCCGUAUGUUCCCCGUCCUGAAGGUCAGCGUUUCGGGUCUGGACCCCAGCUCCAUGUACUCCUUCCUUUUGGACUUCGUGCCUGCCGACGGCUGCCGCUGGAAGUUUGUGAACGGGGAGUGGGUGGCGGCCGGCCGGGCGGAGGGCCGCGGUGAGGGGCGGAGCCACGGCGGCAUCUACAUCCACCCCGACUCGCCAAACUUUGGAGCUCACUGGAUGAAGGCGGCCGUGACCUUCAAUAAGGUCAAACUCACCAACAAGGUCAACGGAGGAGGACAGAUUAUGUUGAACUCUCUCCAUAAAUACGAGCCUCAGCUCCACAUCGUGUGUGUCGGCUCCCGCCAUCGUCUGGUUUCCAACGUUUCCUUCAAAGAAACGCAGUUCAUCGCCGUCACCGCCUACCAGAACGAAGAGAUCACUGCUCUGAAGAUCAAAUACAACCCAUUCGCUAAAGCCUUCCUGGAUGCCAAAGAGAGGAACCCAGGGGGACGGGGUUUACCGGAGUCGUCAGACAGUCGUGUUUCAGGGAUUCAACCCUGCUGGCCGUUGUGCUCAGCAGGAGGAGGCGGGGCUUUCCCUUACGGCAGCAGCCUCCCGCUGACAUCGCAUCAUCACCACGGUUACAAACACCACGGCUACCCGGGGCGACACACACCUUACCCCACUGCCUACCUGCCGCACCGCUCACACUCCUCAGUCUGUCUUUCUGAAGGUGUCCAGGUGUUAUCAGACGGGUGGAGCAGCUCCUCACCUCGUUCGGCCUCCUCCUCCUCUUCCUCCUCCACCUCCUCCACCUCCCUCGCCCUGACGAGCAGCGCUCCUUCAUCGCAGCCUCCUCCUCACAACUCCAGUCAGUAUCCGUGUCUGUGGACGGUUGGAUGCAGUGAGCUAAGCCCCUCCCACUCGCCGUGCACUGCUCUGCACGGACCAAUCGGCGGCGAGACUCUGAUGCAGCCUCCCAGUCAUGGUCGAGUGGGCGGUGCUGGGUGGCCACCUGGCCCCAACCAGUCUUUCUGAGGAGGGAUGUGAUUGGUCGAAUGGGUAACUCAGACUGUGAACUGGUGGCUAUUUUUAACCAUGACUACUGGUGGCUACUAGGUUCUAAUGGCGGCUCCCAGUAACGACCUGUGGCUACUUGUACAUACUGGUAACCACUGGUGGCUAACAUUAGAAGCUGGUGGUGUUGUUGAUGUACUGGUGACUACAGGUGGUUACCUGCUGGCGGCUGGUUCAACACAUGGUCGCACGCGGAAGUUUGCCCCUUGACGUCACCUCUUUGGCAUCGUCUUUAUUAAAUCAAUGAAGCGCUACAUUUCCAUUCACCCGUUGCUACAUGUAACUGCUGGUAAUCCCUAUGACAAUGCAGUAACUACUGGUGGCUACUCUUAAGAACUCAUGGGUACUUGUAGUUAGUGUUUGUAAGUACUGGUCUUUACAAUUAAUACGUCGCUACUAGUAACGGAUGUUGGUGACCACUGGUAGCUCCCUAUGGUUAGUAUUCACUGCUAGUAUCUACUGGUUACCUGUGUGUGUGUGUGUGUGUGCUGGUAAAGUUUAGUGGCUACCAGUGGCUAGUGAAGCUGCACUAUUUAUUGCAUGUACGUGUAUCUUUAUUUUAGAUUUUAAAUCACCGGUUAAUAACAGCAUAAAAUGAGCCUGUAAAAAAAGUUUCUGACUUGAAAACAUCACAGUUUUGACAACGGUCCUGAUGCUGAAUCUUGGACACCAUCUGUACUGAUAUUGUUGGUGUUAUGGCGCCCCCUGGUGCCCUGAGGAACGGCAGCUGCUUGAUUCAUACUCAAACAUGUAUAUAUCUGUACAGUCCAUCAGCUGUGUUUGAAGUAAAGAGAACAAUUUUUGAUCGGUAUUUGAUUGACAGGACUAAAUUAGUAAAUUAAGAAAAAAAACAAAACAAAGAGAGACAUCUUUCCUGUUAUUUCAGCUGCUGCAUGUUGCUGCUCCGUUGCUGUUUCUCUACUUGUGAUUGUUUCUGAAAAUCAGAGAUAAAAUGGUAAACAAAACUUGAAAAAAUGCGUUCAGUUAAAAUCUAGUUUCUUACCUUUGGCUCUAUUGCCUGUGGAAAUACUGAAAUAUUCCUCUGCUCUUGUCUUUGUUGUUGCUUGUUGCUGCAUGAAGUUCACAGCAUGGAUGAGACAGAAAGAGACUGUGAUUCAGCUCUGUGUCAAUAAAGGUUUAAAGGACAGUUUGCUUGUAAUAUUUUAUUUUUCUCAACGAUAAGACGCUUUCACUGGGAUACACGGAGAGAGAGGUAACUGCAAGAACUAAAAACCUAUUUUUUCCUUUAUUUCCAAAAUGCCAAGUACGCUUUAACACCUUUAAUAGAAUGCAUCCCUCCAUCUGGUAUCUUAAUAUAGAAACCAAUAUGUCCGAGAAAGAAAAGACCGGAUGACUCAAAAAGUUAGCAUUAAGAAAAAAGUGAAAUGAAAAUAAAAUCCAGACUUUCUAUGUCAGAACUAUGAUGUGAUGAUGUAUGAUUGCAAAAUAGUAAGUCAAAAGUUUUUAAAGUUAAAAUGAUCAUAUACUUAUUAGUUCCAUAUUAAAUUACUUAUAAAUAUCAUUUUGUAUGUAAAUUGUAAUUUGCAAAUUACUAUGUAUUUGUUCAGUUUAAUAAUUAUGAAAUAACUAAUCUAAUAAUUCUGACAUAGUAAAUGAAAAAUUGGAAUUUCUAUCUUCAAACAUUUGACUUAUCGUGAGUGUUUUGAUUUUUUUUUUCCAUUCCUAACUUAUAUAUUAAAAGGGCAACUCUUUGCUUUUUGUCUUUAAUAACUAAUAAUAUGAAUAUAAUAAAUCUUCCAUAAUUGUCUUACAUUGGACUUGGAUCUGACCACCUUGGUCCACCUUUUUUU